CUCCCCACUAUUUAUCUUUGUUUAUUUGUUAGCUUUCCUUGGUGUUUAUUUGUGGGAGGGUGUACGUAGCUGAUUUCACAAUAUUGUAAUAUUUUUGUAGAUAUUUCCCCUAAUUUCCACCAAAAUAUCGUAAAUAUAGGCUCGUACGCACCCUCCGACGUCAGUUUAUCGUGCAACGUAAUAAUUUUCCCUACUAUUCCAUCGCUAAUGUUCAAGUGAAAUGCUACCAGUGGAUCAAUAGCGCAUAUAAAAGUAAAAUUACUCAUUCCUUUUCUUGCUCAAUAGUGAUAUAGUGAUCCUGUAUUAUAUGCUACAAGGUGUUAGAAUAAUGAAUCCCAAUAAUCAUAACCCACCACGUAGAAACUCUAUUAGCUUUAAUAGGCACGGGAACAACCAUUCUAAUCGCUCCAAUCACCAUAAUAAUCACCAAAGGUGGUCUGGGAGGUACCCCAAGGAGUAUAACAGGGAAUAUGACAACGGAUUUGGUAGAGGGGAGUGCUCAGUGUCAAGUACAAGCCCUAAGGAACAAAACUAUCUCCAUGGUUACCCAAAAAGCUCACAAUUGAGUCCAGCACUUAGAAACAUCUAUGGCAACGAGGCAUCUGGUCACCCAGGAGAUCACCGUCGUUUGCUGUCAAUAAGUGGUGGGGGAGGCUUAGAUAGAAGAGGGGGUGGCCACGCCCAGUCUACGGGGGGUGGUAGACAUAUUUCUCCGCCCCUAUGUUUGGAAUCCAUGGGCGCCGUAGGGGGUCCACCCAUACAGGUUGACUUUCAGCCUAGAGGAAGACACGGUAGAGAUCAUCAUCGCGUGAGCCCAAUCCACCACCUCAGUAACAACAGUGGCCAAUCAGCGUCCCUUUCGAUGUCUGUGGGCGGUCCUUCGCAGCAGAUGCACUCUCCCCCCUCCUUCUAUCGUCAGCAGAGCGGCGGGGAGGAUGGCGUGAAGAGUGAAUCGCCGUCGAGGAAGCGGCGCCGCCUAUCCCGAGGGGCGGGGCUAGCAGGCAGUCCCGCGAUUGGAUUAGCUCUGCACGUGGAUCUGGGCGGACAGGCGAACGGGGGCUCGCCGUCGCCGCCCCAGCAUAUGCAGCAGCCGAGGAGGUCGCCGAGGCAGCAUUUGGGGCAUCAGGGACAGCAGAGGCAGCAGAUGCAGGGCAGCCCACCAUUGAGACGUCAACGUUAUAGAGAUAGAAAUGAUUUUGCUCAUUUUCCAACGUUCAUCCCAAGUCCGCCGCCCGUACCGCAUCAGUCGGCUGUAAUUAUGGACAUUAACCAGGUACCGUCAGCGAUCCCGAUGAGUCGUCCUGAAGCUGCAGCGGCCGCAGCAGCCGCCGCAGCUGCCGCGGUGUGGUCCUACCCCGGGGCACCACCGCCGCCUCACGCAACGCAUCAUCACCCGCCUCCUGGCGGUCCUCAAACAGCCCCACCGCCUCAUCACGCGCAUGCACAUCAUGCACCGCCGCCCAUUUCGCUGUGCGCCGCCCCUCCAGGUGCACCGCCGCACGUGCACACCUGCCACCACGUGCACAACGUGUACGCUGUCGCCGCCGCAGCCGCCGCCGCUCAGCACCAUCAGCAGCUGGCAGCUGCCGCGGCUGCUGCAGCGGCCGCGCAUCCGCAGACGUUUGCGGCGGGCGGGUUCGGAGCAGCGUUCCAAUGCACGGCGGCUGCCGCGCUGGCCGCCCAAGGGCAGCAUCAUUAUGUCGCGGCGGCUGCUGCCGCAGCAGCUGCGCACCAUCAUAUGUCGCAGCGUACGAACGGUGGCGACACGCUGGAACUCGAACUCCUUGCCAACGGUGAUCUCCCAUCAAACAACGGUCCGCCUCCACGUCACUCGACCGCCUCCAACGGCAGUAACAGCAAUGGUAACGGCCUCCUGCAUCACCAUCACCACCACCACCACCACCACCACGCGGCUGCGGCGGCCGCGGCUGCUCAGCUGCUGUUCAACGACAGGCAGGCGGCGCAUCACGCGGCAGCAGCCGCGCAUGCGGCUCAACAUGCCGCGCAACAGCCACCGAUUGAGUUACUGCAUGCCGCGCGGGCCAGACGUCACCAACCGGGCGGCCAGCGUUUACCGCCCCACCACCACGCCAGAUGGCACCACCAGAGCGGCCCGCCUCCACCUCCGCCCCCUAUAGUGACUGCCCCAGCGCAAUACUCAGGCUUCCUACUGCAUUUCCUCGCAAUGUUCUCAAAUCCGCCUCUGUCGCCGUUCGGCCAUCAGACUGAUUUGUCUGCCGCCGGUUCGGAUGGUGGCGUAUCCGCAGCGGAGUCCACGGAGAAUUACGAAGCUUUGCUGAGGUUGGCUGAGAGGUUAGGGGAGGCUAAGCCGAGAGGAUUGGGUCGUACGGAGAUCGAUCAAUUGGCGUCGUAUCGUUUCGACGAGGAGACGCACAGAGGCGAUCAGACCAGCUGCGUGGUGUGCAUGUGCGACUUCGAAGCUGGUAACAUGCUCAGGGUUCUGCCUUGCGCUCACGAGUUCCAUGCCAGGUGCAUCGACAAAUGGCUCAGGUCGAACAGAACCUGCCCCAUAUGCCGCGGCAAUGCCUCAGACUACUUCAGCAACAGCGACUAAGACAGGUAGGAUAAUAAUAAUCAUCAUGAUCAUCAUCAAUGGGACUUCUGUCAUCUGUCGAAUCUCCCCCCUACCCUUACUACUCCCUCAACUUCCUAUGUAUCAAAGCGCCGCCUUAAAAGGGUGCCAUCCGUUGCCAGUACUAGAGAGAUAUUUCAAUGUAUCUAUAUGUAUAUGUAAAACUUCACUGUCACGUAGAUCUAUAUAUCUAUCUAUAUGUAUAUAAUAUAUAAUUUUACACGUCAAGAGGGUUGUCGUUGAGAAAGCGGUACUUUGUGACUUGAUUUUUAUCUAUAUGUUAUAAGCGAUUUGAAUAUGUGGUUAAGCAUGGUGUACGUACUGUACAAAAAUUCCAGGACGUGUCAUUUUUAAAACCUUAAAUGACAACAAAAUGUUCACGAAUUAGAAAUCGUGAUAAACAUUACGAUACAAGAUAUGGUUAAAAUUUACAACUGCGGCAACUUCGAAAUCAUUAUUGCUUUUUAUCAAUAUCAUUUUCACUACAUGUAAUGUAUAACUAGUGUUUCUAACCCUUAAGUUUUCAGUUCCUAUGUGUUAUAGAUUCAUAGCUAGGAUGAGUUACAGUUAGACGUAUUUUUCGACGGCAACACUUUGUAUAUUAUACCCAGGAUUUGAAAACUAUUUCACCAGUUAUAUAUUUGCCUCUUUGUAAUCAAUUUCGUUUUGUUUUUUAACGAUUUAUGCAAGGUCAGGAAUUAACAUCAUACGAUUAUUAGGAAUCCAUAUGUUGCUUAAUUUUUUAAUUAAUUUUGUAUUAUACUUGAAAUGAUUUUGUUUUUGAUUCCAGCAUGGAAAGAGAUAUAUAUCCACAUAAUUUUAUACCAGCUUAUAUUCGUUUCAACAAAAAUUAUUCAAUAAAUGAUGGAAAUAACAGCUUAAAUAUUUUAUCACAAAGAAACACCAUGGAAAAAUACAGUGCCAAACAUUUUGUACUAUAUAUUACCGAACUAUAUCUUCGAAAUAUUUCAACGAAUUCAAUGAUCAAAAUCGUGAAACAUAUUUUAGCUGUUGCAAAAGUCAUUUAAGUGAUUUGGUACAAAUUUUUUAGGUGAAAUUAUCUGCGAAUGUUAAUGACACAGAAAAAUGGUUUAUUGCAAAUUUGUAUAUUAUAUACAAAUGAUUAUCAUAUUGGAGUUAAUUUUAAAAAUGUUAUAUAAAUCUGAAAAUACGUACUUUAUUCAGAAAUUUACAUUCCAGGGUAUACCUUGAACAUUCAUAAAGUAACUGGGUGUAUCGUAAUAAUAUUCUAUAUAAUAUACAUAUAUGUAUUGAAUAAUGAUUGGAAUAGUUGAAAUAGUUAAAAGUGCACAAAAAAUUGAAGCACUAACUUUUGAAUGUUGUUUCUGUAAAAUACAUCACAGAAAUUAUCUACGAAAUUAUUUUUCAGUCAAUUUAUCAGGUUUUUUGCGAAUAUCAACUAUUUCUACUGAACUUCAAUGUAAAAAUCUUAGAGAUAACUAGUGAAAUCGCUUUCUCUAAGCAAAUUACAUUCAAAGUUCAUUAUGAUGAGGUUAUCAAACAAGCUGUUGCCACUUUUUUCUUAACAUUUUCAAAAAUUGCUUAGCUACUUCUUUAGGUUUAAGCAUUGAAUAAUGAAUACCUGAACACAGCCAAUCAAUUGUAUUUUGGCUCCAAAAAGGAUUGGAAAUUCGCUAGCGCCAUCUGUGAAACAGUAGCAGAAAACAAAAAUGCAUUUAGAAGUCUAGACAACAUUUGUUUCACCAAAUUCAUUUUUAUUCGUCAACAUAAUCACCUUCAAGUGCAAUACAUUAAUUCCAACGCUUUUCUAACUUGUCGAUACCAUGCUUGUAGAAUGAUUUGGCGUUGCCUCAAAAUAAGCUUUAGUUGCAGUGAUUACUUCCUCAUUGGACCUAUAUCUUUUCCCUGAAGCAUUCUUUUGAGAUCAGCGAAGUCAUUAGUUGCUAGAUCUAGAGAGUAUGGUGGAUGGGGUUGCAGAUUGAAGCACCACUGGUUUAAUUUGAUAAUUGUUUUCUUUGGCUUGUAGCACAGUGUGUCUUAAUGAAAGAUGGUUUGUUUCUUCAUGUGUGGUCGUUGCGUCUGGGUUGCGUUUUCGGACUCUUAGGGCGGCUUUUACCGGCUGCACUCAGUCACUCAGCUGAUUACGAUCCUGGAGUAAAACGUUGGGCCAAUGUUUCGUGCAAUUUCACAUACUGACGCAGGAAAUCCUGUUUAUUACGAGUAAACAGUGACAAACAACUCUGAAUCGUCGACUUGUCGUUGCCUUUUUCCGUUGUGAGAAAAUGCGGCACCCAUUUUGAAAAGACCGUUUUUGUCUCCAAUUUUUCGUGAAUAAAUCUACGCACUUACAUUUGAUAUGUUCACCAUCUCGGCUGUCUCACGAGCGUUACGUUACUGCUUCAUUUGGCCUGCCCGAGCGUUCCGAUCCAUUGUAUCAUUCCGGCCGCGUUUGCAAUCAAGAUACCACCGGCAAAUCGUUGUUUUCGCCGCAUUUUUCAAGCCAGAUUGCAAUAAUUUACCAACACCUGAAAUUCAUUUUUUUUUCAUUUUCAACACAUACAAAAGUAGCAUCACUUUCACCACAGAAGCUUUGCCGUUGAUGAUCAGAUUGACGUACAAAUUAAACAAGUGUCAUUUCAAGGAUCGUUCUUUAAAAAAACGAAGUGGAUUCGUUAUUGCCAGCCCCAUCUGUAGGUUAGUCUUGAGACUUAUUGAAUGAUGUGUUACUUUAAUUGGGUAUCUUCAGGCAUCGAUUAGCGUAUUCCACCUGAAUAUACGGAUUAGAGAGGCCAAAAAUGCUAUCUACGAUACAGUAGCAGAACUAUACUUUAAUUCAAAGUAGAUUUCUAAAUUAAUUUUUGUGUUUUGCUAAUGUCUUUUACUCGGCGCUAGUAGUAGUAUACACAGAAACCCGUAAUCUGUACGCGAGAAGCGUGCAAUACGUAUGCUAGAAAGAGAUAAAAGCACCACGUUGCCUAGCAACCCGAGACGAGGUCGCUUCUCGCUCGUACACGUUACCUGGUCAGUGAUAUUUGGAUUUCUCUGUAUAUGAUUAGCAUCUUCAGGUCGACAUUAAUUAUUGGUUUAAAUAUGGUCAUAUUUCAACAUUUAAUCCUUCAAGUAGCUUUCAGAGGUAGUGAAUAUAUUCAUUGUUUAUUUCGAUAUAACAUAAACAAUUAUUACGAAAUACCCUGUACCUAAAAACGAAGUCCUAUCUAGCCAAAAGCUUAUGAUCACAAAAAUAUAAAAAUGUUUAUGUAACCUUAUGCGUGUCUGUAAGUAUAUAUGUUUGCAUGUGCGAGUUUGUCUGUGUACCAUGUACACUGUUUCCAAUAUUUGUUACUAAUUUCUUUUUUGUUAUUAAUAAUUAUUAAAUAAGACGUAUUAUGUUGUUAAGUAUCUUCGUUGCUUCCUUAUCCCUUAUACUAAAGCAGCAUUUGAGUGUUUUCUGUAUUGAAUUUCCUUGGGGAAGUCAUAAUUCUUAUUUUCCAAGUUUUUUAAGUUUAUCGAAAAAAUCUAUGAGCGUAUUUGAGAUCAAAAUGAAAGCAACAAACCUGACUAAUUUUGAGGUACUGUGAAAAUUAAGAGAGAUUGCAGGUAUGUGCUUUUCAUGGUCUCAAAUGUGUACAGAGAUGUGUGCUCCACUUUUAAUUAAUAUUGUGUGAGUAACCAAAAAAAGAAUCCUAGUUAUAUUUUUGAUUAAUUCGUGCAUUUUCACACCCUUAGUUUUGUUGCCUAGUUUAAAAUUUGUCGCUAUUCAUAUUUUUGUUUAAGAUGCUGCACGUUUAUCCAGUCGGUAGGCAUAGCCCUGCAGAAAAAAAUACAGAGGAAUGUGUUUCUCAAUAAAUCAUUUAGAAUUCAGACUAUACAGCCUUUUUUCUAGCCGAUCAACUUUAAUAUUGCUCUUUAACGUAGGAAAUCUCGGGUCAGUACAAGUGUUUCAAUUUUUAUUACAUUUAUAGGAUUUUUACCUACUGAUUGGAUAAGGUAUCAAUUCCUACAAAUUCAAGUACAAUAAUUUGUUUUUCAUUUUAGUAUGUACAGCUUACGAACUAUUUUUCAAAAAAAAAGAAACGUAAUCUACAUGCAAUAACACACAAAGUGCAAUUAUAUACACUUUUAUUGAAUUUUGGUUUUGUUUUUACUUUAGUCUGAUUUGUUUUUAUAUUUGAAUCGAGUGCUGUCUAUAAAUCUCGGAGCACUACAGAAAUUUUCUACAUACGCCGUUCUUGUCAUGUGAAAAUCGCUUUCAAUGUGUCCAGUUUGAUGAUUAGCAAGUAAAUUCAUAGUCCGGUGUUUAUAGAUACCAAAGGCGAAACAUAUCGAGACCUAUUGGAAAUUUUGUAUAGCAUCCAGCAGCUUGAUUGAUUUAUGAUAAUCCCAAAAGUAGGCUCUUAUUUAAAAAAAAAUGCAAACCAAACCAAAUGAAUGGUUUUUGUUACAAAUAGGAUACCUCACUUAUGGGAUAUUUUUCAUAUUUUUAGUUUUCUUCGAAAACAAUUCCUACGAAAUUUUCAUAAUGGUUGUCUAUAUUUUCGCUGUUGUCAAGGAAACGUCUAAAAGCGUGUUAACAUUAAAAUAAGCAAAAUUAGAUUAUUUGGUGUAUUUCAUGUAGCAAGGAGUAUCAGUCAUUAGAUGCAGACCUCACUACAAAGCGAACAAUAUACCUCGGUUAACGAAGUUUUUAUUGGGAAAAUGUAGUUGAUGUUAAAAACUCGAUACCUUUCUUAUGGUAGAGACUCCAUAGACCAAGCUCUAUAUUUGCACUAGCUUUUAAACCAUAUGUUCUCAAACAAUAGGGAAUAUGCACGUGAUUCAAAAAUAGGUAACUUUUUUAUGUACAGUCUAUAUUGCAACAGAAUGACACGUUGAACCUCUUUUUAUACUUGACCGCUAUAAAAUUAGUAUUAAUAAAAAAAUGGAAAAACGCAGUAAAUUUCAAAUAUCGAAACGCAACGAUAUUGGCGUGACGUCACCAUUUGUGACUUGUGACUAGUCAACCCGCUGCUGAUUGGUCAGUCCGAUUCAAAAUGGUGGGUACGAUCUUUGUAUUAAAGCCUGUAGUGAUGGCAUUAAUGAACGGGAUAAAACUUGCCAGAUUCAGAACUGUUUAUGCCAAACAUAGUAAAAAAAAACCGAUUCAUCUUGUUUCAUUCCUAGGUGACUUGAAAUAUAGUUAUUAUUACUAACAGCAAUUAUGCUUGUAGCGUUUUUUCUUGUGCGAACGUGAUAAAAGCGUUGUUAUGAAGUAUGAAUCUCUAGGGUACAAAAGUCACAUCAAAAUACGACUCUGUCUACAAAUCUAGCAUUGACAGAUCCGUCAGAAUUGUUAUCAAUAUGGGGUAUUUUGAAAUGUUAUUAGAUAUCGGCUGUUAUUUGCUCUGACGUCUGACGUAAUACAUACUCGUGAAAAAGACUCAAGACUUUCUGGGUGCAGUCAACAAUGACUGAAAGUGGUUUUCAAAAGGCACAGUCGGAAAAAAGAUACAUAAUUCUUCUAAUCUAAUGUAACUAACUAAUAUUUGGGAAAAAUGGAAGUUUUGUGUUCUGUACCUACACUAAAAUGAUGUUCACAACAAUGUGAAUUUCUUUUUGGAAAUAUGUUGUCCUUUUUCGUAAUUUUAGAGCACUUUCAGCUUAGCUAGCAUCUCGAGGAAUAUGAAAAGAUAUCAGGUGGUUUCCGUAUCGUAUCUUUGCACAUAGAUACAAUUCAGUACUCAUAAGCUUUGGUUUUCUGUUCUUCCGCCAUGCUUUUCUUAUUAAAACUGGAGGAUAUAAAAUAGAAACUUUGUAAAAUCGACAACAAAUUAACCAAAAAGACACUCAAAUGACAUGUCGAGGGUUAUGACGUCACUGCUAAGCGCGCCAAAAAUGCGGCAUUUUAACUUCUUUGGCAUUUCAUUUAAUUUAAAAUAGGUAGACAUUUUUAUGAACGAAACGUGUGUUUACGAUAUUAUAUUAACGUAAAUAAUCGACAGAAAAUACAAAAAUUCAAGCAUAUUCCCUAUUAUCUCUUUCAAGUGCAUAGAAAUUUUUCUAUCGAACCUCAAUCGUAUAGCUACAAAAAAUAUUCAGACUUGCUAGGUCGAUACAAAAGCCAAACUAUUGAAUCUAAAUCUAUGUAUACAAAACUAAUCGUUUCUGUCAUGACGAUUGCAUAAUAUGAAAAAACUUCUUGUCUUGUAAUAGGUGUGCCUUUGAUAAAAUAUAUUGUACAAUUUUGUAGUUAUCAUUUGCGAAUGAUCCUAUUAAGAGUGGUGAAUAUAAAAAAAUAUGAUGCAUCCUAUGAUCUUUUUUAUUUUUAAUUUAGAAGUAAUAAAUAAAAAAUAAUAAAAUUGUAGGUCAGCUAUUUCUAUUAAAAACAUAAGCUCAUUAAAAAUGUGACAUUGCUGUAACCAUCUUCGAACAGCUAAAGGUUUUUGGACGACACAGACCCACAAAAGUUGAAAAAAUUAUUGUAUUGUUUUGUAUAUUGUCACACAGAUUUAUAGAAGGCUUGUGUUUUCAUAGGAGGUGCUGAACCUCCAAUAAUAUUUUAUCUUGAUACAAUUUGCAAUUGAUAAUUUUGCAAUUUUCUAUGAUUUUAUCAACAAAAUUCUGAAAUUCUACCUCGUUUUACAUGUGAAAUACAAGAGUUAUAUAUGAAGCAGUGCCAUAAUAAUUUUCUUAUUAACUUACAAAUGCGGUUCAAGGGUCCUAUCCAUUUUAUUUUCUAGAAUAGGCCCUAGUAAAUUUCUUUAAUACUCGUAGUUAUGUUUGAUAAAUUCUGGCACCAAAUUUUUAGUAUAGUUCAUCAAAAUUUUUGAGUUUGGAGUAAGGUUAUGUGAAUUGUUCUGUACUAGAUAUAAGUUAACAUCUUAUAAGUUUCUAUUAUUUUAAUAUAAUUUACACCUACCUCUUAAUUUUUUAGCCUUUUUUGUAGAGGGGUGCAAUGUUGGUUGGAAUAAACAUAUCUCACUUUGAAGUGCAAUAGCGCUUUUCGUCAUUUGAAAAAAAAAACAAAUAUAGCAAUAUAUGUGUUUGUGUGUGUGAAAAUACAAGCGUUUUCGCACUAUCUAGCUAUUCCUGAUAUAAUCAAACUUACAAAGUGUAUUUUUGUGAAUGUGAACACUUAGAGAGCGUUGGUUUGUGCUACCGACUUGUAGUAAGUUGAGGUCUUUAUCUUAUUUGCUUGAAAAAUCGAUCAAGUCUCAAGCUUUACCGCCGAUUCUUCUGCUCUUAUCUACCAGCGACAUAAUGGAACCAUUAGAUUACAUUUACAUACAAUUUUUAUUUUUUUCAUUGCCAUAGAAAGGCACCUUCAUUUUUAUAUAGUUUUUAAAUUGUGAAUUCAAUAUUUUUUUGUAAAGUGCUCCAGAGAUUUAAAGAUAUGCAAUAUAAAUAUAGACUCAAGAUUCACUGUUGUUUUUAAACGUUUCGUAGUGCGAAUCAAAAGUUGGAGGAGGAGGGUAGUCUUGGCUGACUAGCAAAUGUUUAUUUUCAUUAUCAGGACAUACUACAAAGUAUGUUGAGUGUCAAUUAAAGUCAUUACGAUAACAAUAAAAAAACUACUGACAACGUGAAGUCCUCUUUCAGGACGAGCAAUACAAAAUUAUUAUGGUUUUCCUCCGUUUUCUUUACGUUGUAAGUAGUUUUUCAUUUAUAUUGUAAUGGCUUUAAUUGAAAUUCACUAUUGUUUGUGAUAUGUCCUGAUCAAGAAAAUAAAUAUUUUCGAAAGCUUGGCUUGAACAAAGAAUCACCUUUCUGGCCUGACUUCGUUUUGCAGUUGACUGCUUCCCCGAGAAUUUGUAUUUUUCAAAAAAGUUGUAUACAGGAUGCUAUUCAAAAAGUGGAAAUGCAGAUCAAAGCUCUCUUCUAUAGAUACCUAAGUGAUACUUUGCUUUUAGCGGAUUUACCGAAUUCUAAUAUUUAUUACCAAACUGUAUAAUGAUAGAGGCUUCCUAGUGCUACGCCAUUAUUUCAAUAAACUUAUUCUAUAAUGUAUA